UUCUAUGGACGCAGGUUCUCAGAGCACGGACGAAGCCUUUUUGGGCAAUGCCAUGUUUCGCUUGACUUUCCCCAAACUGUGCAGACAAAGACUGGCCGAGUACCGUCAAAGGAAGGCUCACGCAGAUUCUCAGAAAAAACAGAAAAAGAAGAAGAAAAAGAAGUCAGAGGAGGAUUCGCAGGGAAGCGUGGACGUCGAGUAUGAUUGUUCUGCGGGACGAGAGGACAACUCGGUCGGAGCCCGAGAUGAAGCUGAGGAAGGAAAUAAAGAGCCGCCCACCACCGAGCAGAGUUUCUCAAGGACGCUACGCAGUGGCGAGACGUUCAAGCAUGAUCAGACCUACACCAUAGAGCCUGAGAGUGAAGUGUCAACGACUGCAGAAGACUAUUCCUCAGAGCAGGUCAAUGGCUGCCGUGAGAUGACGGACAAUCUAAUGACGUCCUCCAAGGAUUUUAUUUGGGAGGAGGCGGAGCCCCUACCGGAGUUGAUGAAGGGAGGCAGGAUGCAGGACAUCGCGGACGCGCUGGCGGUCAAGACCCAAGCAGUGGAGGAACUGAGUCAAGAGCUGGAGGAAAUAAGGGCUGCAUUUGGAACGGAAGGUGUGCAGAAGCUGCAGGACUUUGAGGCCGCACUGAGGCAGAGAGAUGGCAUCAUCACCCAGCUCACUGCAAACCUGCAGCAGGCUCGCAAAGAAAAAGACGAGAUAAUGAAAGAAUUCCUGGAACUGACGAAGCAAAGCCAAAAACUCCAAAUACAAUUUCAGCAGCUGCAAGCUGGGGAAACGAUGAGGAACACCAGCCACAGCAGCACAGCAGCGGACCUCCUUCAGGCCAGACAGCAGCUAGUGCAGUACCAACUGCAGCUAGACGAAGCCAACAACGAAGCCAGGAAGAGCCAGGAUAGGAGCCGUGAGCUCAUCAGCCAGCUCCAGCACAAACUCAGCGACGUGGAGAUGUCAGGGAGAAAAUCAGAGGAGACAUUAACACAAAGGAUACAUGAGAGGGAUGUGCUUAUAACUGAAAAGGAAAAGGUCAUCAUGAAUCAGGAGCAGUCUCUGACACAGUUGAGAACAGCAGAGGAGGCUCUUGCCAAAACGUUGAAGGAGAAAAAUCAGUUGAUAUCUGACCAGAUGGCCAUGAUCAAAGAACACGAGCAGUCAUUAAAUCUCUUCCGAGAAGAAGUUGCUGUUUUGGGAAGGACAACAAAUGACAGCAUCAUUCAGCCGUCUGAUGAUAAGGAUUUGAUUAUAACAGAGCAAGAGAGAAUCAUUUCAGAUCGGGAUUGUUCUCUUAGCCAGCUGGAGGAGGAGCUGGAGACGUUGCAGCAAAACCUGUGUGGCCUCCAACAGCGAGUGGCCGCAAAGGAAUUGGAGCUUGAAAGAUGUCUGGGCGACCUGGAAGGCACUAAGCGUGAUUUAGAAAGCUGUAAAUGCGAAAUGGAGAGAUGUAAAUUACAGCUGGAAAAAGAGCAAGAUGAGCUGCAAAGCUGUAAAAGUGAGCUUGUGAGCUCUCGUGACAAGGAGCGAAUGUCAUCAGAUGAGAUCAAGCAGCUCAUGGGAACAGUGGAGGACCUGCAGAGGCGCUGUCACCAGGGGAGUCUCUCUGAAGGAGACGCUGUGCAAAGAAUGCAGGAGGAUACCACCAGGAAGAUGGAUCUUCUCAGGGCAGAGCUUGACGAGAUGUACGGACAGCAAAUCGUCCACAUGAAGCAGGAGGUCAACUUGCGUCACACGGUGCGUUUGGAGGAAAUGGCGGCGGAACAUCAUGAAGAGAUUGAGCUUCUUCAAGGACAAAGAUCCACUGAGACGGAGACUCUCACUGUUAAGCUCAGGGAGCUUCAGGAGACAUUAGAUCAAUCCCAAUUGAGCCAUAAUAAAACCAAGCAUGAACUUACUCAAGAAAAGCGCAACCUCAAAGUUAAAAUUGAGAACCUCCAUCGAGAUCUUCGUUCAGCAAAGGAAAAAGUGGUACUGGUAUCCAGCAGUUUUGUCUCGCAGGCGAACCAUCAAAGCGAGAUGCAGCGCCUUCAGGAGACCAUUAGUGACCUGCAGUGCCAGCUGGUCGAUGCUCACGAAGCUGCACUGGAGACCGAAACAAAGCACGAAUCAGAGACGACUAACUACAAGAUCAAGCUGGAGAUGAUGGAGAGGGAGAAGGAUGCCGUUCUGGACCGCAUGGCCGAAUCGCAGGAAGCCGAGCUGGAGCGACUGCGAACUCAGCUUCUGUUCAGCCACGAGGAGGAGCUUGAGCAACUUAGAGAGAAACUCCAAAGAGAGAGCUUCCUCAACACUGAAAACCUCCUCAACGAAGCUUCUGUCAAACACCAAAAAGCUCUGGAUGACCUUCGCCUGGCUUAUGAAGAUGAGCUGCAUUUGUUACAAAGGGAGAAGUCUGCUUUUUCUACAGAGAGAGAAGAGCUCAUGCACCAAAUUCUUGGCCUCAAAGAUGAUCUGAAGCUGGCGUUAGACAGCUCCAAAGCAGAUGAGCUCGUGCAGCAGCUUGAGGAGCUUCAGGUGGAGCUCAAAGAUCUCAGGAAGGGAGGGGAUCAGCGGGUGAGACUGGAGAGGGAAAUCCAAAUGUUACUGAAAAAGACGGAGGUGCUUGAAAAUCAAACACGAGAGAAAGAACAAUGUUGGGAAAGCCAACGAAAAGCACAGCAGCAGGACGUGGACUUGAAAAUGGCCAAAUUGGAGACACUUAAAGCGGAAUAUGGUCAAACGCAGCGCCAGGUGGCUGAGCUCAGUGAGCAAAUCUUAAAGCAGCGCACCACGUUCUCCUUUGCCGAGAAGAACUUUGAAGUGAACUACCAGGAGCUAAAGGAGGAAUACAAGAGCCUUGUGGAGGCUAAGACACAACUGGAGAAGAGAACGCUCAAGGAAGCGCUCGAGUAUGAGGCCAAAAUAGCCGGCCUCCAGUCACAAGUUCAGGAAUUGGACAACAUGAAGGUAAAAAUGCAAGAGCAGUGCAGGGGGGUUGAAGAAGUAAUGGUGCACAAAGAUACUACUGAGCUCAUGGAGAAGCUUAAUGUUACACUGAGUGAGAAGGAAAGCCUUACUGUGAGGCUUUCUGAAGUUACAAAGCAACUGGUGUUGACUGAGGAGAAAGUGGGGCAGCUGGAAGAGGAACUGAAGGAUGUGAGACAGAAAAAUGCAAAGUUUGUCGCUCAAAAUGAAAACCUGGUCCAAGAGUUUAAAAGAAUGAGGAGUCAGGACAGAGAAGGAAGGGUUAAAUCCCAGCAAGAAGAACUGAAGUCUGGGGGCUCUUUUGAGGACCAUCACACUCUCAUUCAGUCCGUUCGAGGCAAGAUCGAGACUCCGCACUCACUUUCAGCAGAGAGAGACGGUAUCCAGCAGAGGCUUUCUCCACCUCCUUCGGGGGAGGGUCCUGUCGAAGGACGAGUCCCGCAGAAGCUGUCAGUGUCGGGCUCAAACCGGCGCAAGAGGAGGCAGAGGUUGAAGCAGGAGCGCAAAGUGAGUGGCACCGAAGCUGGAAAGCAGGAGGAGGAGGAGGAGGAAGGCACAGCUGCAAGUGCUGCAGAACCAAAGAUGCAGACACAGAGCCAGGUUCUCGGCGAUGGGGAUUCGGCUGCCGGCUGCCAGGGAGACGGCACCAUCAAGCAGGUCAACAGACCCGAGGGAGAAAACCACUCAGGGUCAGUCGGAUGUCUGGGAGUGGUGGAACAGACACCUGAGCAUGGCGAGUGCAGGCUGCAGUUGGAGGCGCAACGAAUCAGCCUGACUCAGAUGCACACCGCCCAGCUGGAGCUGCUGCAGGAGGAGGCGGGCGACACUCAAAACCAGAAAGAUGCAAUGAGGGAAGAUCCAAAGGACCAGGGCAGCAAACUGGAAAGGUUGAAAAUGGAGGCGCAGGAGAAGCAGCGCCGUCUGGAGGACAGUCACAGACAAGAGAUAGAACGUGUCCAAGCGAGUCACAGACGAGAGAUAGAGCGUGUCCGAGCUCACUACCAGCAGAGGGCCGUGGAGACGCAGGAUCGCUACACCACCGAGAUCCACAUGCUGCAGCAGAGACUGCAGGAGGUCACAGGAUUACAGGUGCACUACAGCAUCUCAAGUGGAACAGAGUGCAGGAAACUCCACAAUGAGGAACUAAAGGACCUCACCGAUGAACAACUCCUCGAGUGGGUUUCCGGCUCUAGCUGGCAAGCAAGGUCUACAGGCUUGAGUGCGCAGCUGCAGACGCUGAGGAGAGCACUGUAUAACAAGUAUGUCCAUGAAGUUGCUGUGCUCAAAGAGCAGCACAACAGCGAGCUGAGGAGGCUGAGAGAAGAGAGUGCACGAGAGAGGACACCAGAGCAAAGCCAGAAGAAGGGAGAAAGAGGGCAGGAGAGUGUGGAGGAGGAAGUUGCCAAGGCCAUAGUUCAGAUGUCAGUGGAGUUUGCGCAGCAGACGGAACUGGCCAGAAUCAACAAGUGUGCCUGCCAGACUAGUGCCUCCAUGCAGACCCAAUCGGACGAAGAAGACGUAGGGGAGAGUGAUAAGAAGGCAACGUUUCAAGGAGCUUCUGCCUCCGUGAGUGCCUGGUUGAAGGAGGAGAGAGAGCACCUGCAAAGAACGCUGGAUGAGAGGAACGCAGAGAUCCAGAAGCUACAGGCGAAGCUGCAGGAAGCUGAAUCAAAUGUGGUGAGGAAGCUGCGAAAGAAGAAAGAAGACGAUGGAGUAGUUGUGCAAGCGGAAGACCACGGGGCAUCGCAGGGUGGUGUCAAGUUCAUCGAGGACAAUGAAAGAAUCCUCUUGUGCAGGGCUAACCAGAGGCUGAGUCGGGUGUUGGCUGACGUCCUAAAGACCACAGCGGCAGCGGAGGAAACCAUGGGUCUCCACAUGCAAAGUCUGUGUGAUGCUUCUUCUAUUGAUGGGCUACAGGAUGCACAGCCUCCCUCCAGACCUGAUGAUGCAGGUCACUCCGGAACAAGUUGCCUGGGUGCUGAAACAGACGCAGGCCUGGAGGUGUCCCAGCAGAUGAUCGACGGCCUCCUUUUACUGGGUGAAUACGAUGGUCAGCUAGCGAACGAGGAGCAUCUAAUGGGCAUCAGCGGUCGCCUCCAGACGGCUUUAGAGAAGAUGUUGAUGGUCAUCACGGACACCACCAACCAGUUGGAGCAUGCCCGCAUUACCCAGACGGAGCUCUUGCGGGAGUCUUUCCGGCACAACCAGGAGAUCAGCGAACUGCUACAGAAGCAGGAGGAGCUCCAGGACCGUCUGUCCGAGGAGGCCCGGGCACGCGAGCAGUUGACUUUGGAACUACACCGAGCUGAGGAUGUGAUUGACGGAUACACUGGUGAACGAGCCACCUUGGAGGAGCAGUUACGUCAGAAGGAAGCGCUUCAGCUGAGCCUGGAGCAAGAGCUACAGGUUACGGGCAGUCGUCUGCAGGAGUUGGAGCAGGAGAAGCUUCAAAUGCAGGAGGAGCGGGAGCUGACGUCCCGGCAACAAGACGCCAUGAGAGAGGACUCAGGACCCCGUGAGCUUUGCCUAGUUGAAGCUGCAAUGGUUGCAGCACCUGAAGCAGAUCUGCUGGAGGAGGCAGAGAAGCUAAUGAAAGAGAAGGUGGAGGUGCAGCGCCAGGCAGAGAAGGAGAGUGCCGACCUCCUGAAGCAGAUAAAGCUGCUGGAAGCCGAGCUGGAGGAGCAGGUCAACAGGGUGAUCGAGCUCGAGCAUGCUCGCAAGGCCGAGACUGGAGACCUCCAGCAGCAGAUCCAGGCCCUGGAGAAACAGCUGGACAAGAACAGGAGGUUCUUGGAUGAACAAGCUGUGGACCGCGAACAUGAGAGGGACGUCUUCCAGAAUGAGAUCCACAAACUGGAGCAGCAGCUUAAAAACCCACUGAAGCUUCAGAAUGGCUCAGAACAAAGAAGCCAAGAGGUGGAGCAUCUGACCAGUCAGCUUAAGGAGAAGGCAGACUGGUGCAGUGAGCUGCUGCUCAGCUCCGAGCAGCUGCGUCGUGAGCUGGGAGAGCGCGACCAGGAGAUUGACAGGCUGGAGAGCCGCAUUCGCGAGCUGGAGCAGGCCCUGCUGACCAGCGCCGAGUCCCUGGAGAAGGAUGACCAAAAUAGAAGCGAAACAUCCAUCGCCAACGCAACGCACACCACAUUGGAGGCUCAGUUGCAAACUGAAAGAGAAGCGUUGGAGCGAAAAGAGAAGGAGAUCUGUAACCUGGAGGAGCAGCUGGAGCAGUUCAGAGAGGAGCUGGAGAACAAGAACGAGGAGGUGCAGCAGCUUCACAUGCAGCUGGAGAUCCAGAAGAAGGAGAUCAGCAGCCAACAGCAGUACCUGGAAACGAGGGAACGCAUGCUCCAGGUGAUGGAGGAGAAGGACAGGGAAAUAGUACAUCUUAAUGAACAGAUCACUAAGCUCCAACACAUGGAGAAAACGUCUGGCAACAAGGAACUAGAUGAGCGCGAUGAGCUGAUAAAGGACUUGGAGUCACAGGUGGACUGCCUCCGGAGCGAGCAGGAACGCCUAAGAAGCAACAGCGAGGACGAGGUGGACCAGCUGAAUGCCGUCAUUGACAAACUCCAGCAGGAACUGGUCCACAUCGAUCAGAAACGGGAUGCGGGUGAUGAAAACGAUGCCCAUGUUGGGCCCCAUGGUGAGGACUGUGCGCCAAGCAGGGAGGAAUAUGAUGAAAUAAAGCAGAAAAUGGACAUGGCCUCCAAGGAGUUUGAUACCCUCAAAAUGGCGCAUGGCAAGCUGUUGGAGAUACAUGAAGUCUUAAAGGAGAGCGCAGUGGCCCAAAGAGAGAAAUGUGACAGCGCAGAAGCAGAACUUGAAGAGAAAACUGCAGGCUUUGUAGUGGUCCAGGCCCAAGUUCAAGCGCUGGAGCAAAGAGCAGCAUCUAGUAUAAAGGAGCUCAGUCUCCGCAUUCAGGAGCUUGAGGACUCCAUGGGUGAAAAAGACACUGAAAUCAGCCGCUGUCACCUCCUUGUGGAGCAAACUCAAAAACAUGCAGAUGAUCUUCAACUGAAAGUGUCCACACUGGAGGAAGAUUUGAGGCAGAAAAUGGCGGCUGUGCUUGUCAACAAAGCCAGCCAGGAGGUUUUGCAGCAGCAGUUCCAAACAUCCAAAGAAGAUCAUCACCCACACAGUCUUGGCGACUUUAGCCUCCCUCAAAUGGAACUCAGCCUGCCUGUCCAUGCUAGACAAGCUCCAAGGGGCAAGGUGGUCCACCUGACACAGAAGCUCUGUGAGCUGGAGGCAAGUCUCAGCGGGAUCCAGAAAGACCAGGAGCUCCAGAAGCAGCUGCUGUCAAGCUCAGAAGAGGACGUGUUGGAAUACGAGAAGAGGCUGGCGGUGCUCAUGGAUCUGCUGAGUCAAAUGAAGGUCAAGACGCCUCCAAGGGCGUCACCAGCUAUGGAGGCCUCAGCUGGUGACUACCUACCUGCGUCUGAGCUGCUCCAAGAGUUGAAGAAGGCAAGAGAAGAAGCCUUGGACACCAAAGAGCAGCUGGACAACUACAGCGAGCAAUGCAGCAACCUCCAGGAGGAGCUAAAAGAAAAAACAGAAGCGGUAGACAGACUGAAGGACCAACUUCAAAAGGUGUCUUCUCAAGGAGAUGAAGAGAUGCAAGCGCUUCAAGGAGAGUUAAUAAUGAGUCAGAAUGAGGCGGCGCUCGCCAAAGAGGAGCUGAACAGCUGCAAGGAAAGCUUGGAGAAGCUGCAAGAGCUGCUGCAGGAGCGUGAACUGACCAUCAGUCAACUUAAAGAAGAAUUCAAAGUUGGAGCCGAAGACGACAAAGCAGACAAGACAGAGCUUCUCAAAGAGCUCCAAGAGGUCAGACGCAAUGCAGACUCCACCAAAGAGGAACUUGACAUUUACAAAUCCCACAAUGAGAAGCUGCAGGAGGAUAUUCUGGUGCAGGAAUUGUCUAUUUGUAGGCUAAACGAGGAGCUUGAUGAGGUCAAAAACACUGUGAAAACCACCAAGGAAGGACUGAGCAGCUACAAAUCACACAAUGAGAAGCUUCAGGAAGACAUCCACAUUCGUGAAUCGUCUAUUUGUAAGCUCAAAGAGGACCUCCAGGAGGUCAAAAAGAAAGUGGACACCACCAAAGAAGAAGUGAAUGGCUGCAGGCAACACAAUAAGAAACUUAAAGAGGAUCUCCAAGAUCGUGAGCUCUCUAUUUGUAAGCUCAAAGAGGGGCUUGAGGAAAUGCGAACAGCCUUGUUGAAGACGGGCGAGUCAGCUCCUACGUCUUCAUCUCCGGCUCAGUCUCCUCACCCUUUUUCCUCCGCUUCGUCCUUCUCCACCGCCUCUCAGCCCAAAAGAAAAGCAAGCAAGCAGCCAGCCGCUAAAAGAAGCAGCACCAAAGAGAAAACAUGUCUCUCCAGGAAGAGUUCUGCACCCUCCAAUAGAACCCCCAGAAAGCAAAUGAACAGCAGCAGUGACUCAGAGCAGCACAUGCCGGCUUUGUCGGACGCUUUCACGCAGACUGAAGUGCUCGCCACGUCUGACUGCAGCGAGAAGCCCCCUGUGGCGGACACCAAAGAGGAGCUGGAGGAGCUGAUCAAAGAGUUCCAGGAGAAGAUCGUCCAGAUGCAGGAGCUGCACGCCGCAGAGAUUCUGGACAUGGAGGCCCGGCAUAUAUCAGAGAGUGACACCUUGCGCAGGGAUGCACAGAACCUGGAAGAUGAGUGUAAAGCCUUCAAAGCUGUCAUUGACAAGCUGCGCUCCACUGAGGCUUCGAGACAAGAUCGGUCGCUAUCACAGUUCAAAGAUGGCUACACAAGUGACAGCAGCUCGGACUACAGCCAGAGAACCGGAUAUGACCAAGCAGGACUUCAGCAGGAAUUCAGAGUGACACCCGAAGGUGCCAGAAGAGAGACGGAUGAUCAAUUACCAGAUCGCAUCAAGACGUUGCUCCGUGAGGUGCACCAGGAGGGCAUGCAAGUGCUCUCUCUGACAGAGCUCCCUCUCUCUGAAGGUGAGCCGAGCUCCCAUUUUAACCUCCAGGCCUGGGUGAAGGAAAGAGACACCUUGCUGGCGACUGUAGACUCCCUCAAAGGCCUCAUCGCCCACAUGCAAACACAGGCGUCUACUGCAGAGGACUGGUGCGGCGAGCUGCUGGACGCGGUGCGGCAGGUGUUUGUGAAGGAGCGUAGUGUGCUUAAGAGUGCCCUUUACAGCCAGUUGGACCUGCUGGACACCAGCGACGCCAUCAUCCACCUCAACCAGCUGGAGUGCAGACUAGCCGAGCAGGAUGCUCAGCACAGAGAAGCAAUAGGUUCCCUCCUCACUGCAGACAGAGCCAGUCUCAGGUCUGAGAUACAUUAUCUCCGAGGUCAACUGCAGCAUCUCCAUCUAGAUGCCAGACCUGUCGUGUUAUUGGCUGGUGAGCACAGCGUGAAAGAGCAGCGAGGCGGAAGAGAUGCUGAUGGAGCGAUGGAGAGCGAGCUGUUGCAGACUAAACUGGAGCUGGAGACCACGCUUAAGGCACAGCACAAGCACCUCAGAGAGCUGGACACACUCAGGGCUGAGGUAUCACAGAAGGCUGCAAAAGUGGAUGUACUGAAUGACCAGCUGUUGGAGGAGAAAAAGAGAGGUCGUGAACUUCAGUGGGCCGUGGAGAAGGAGCAAUGCCGAAUUGGGAGAAGCGAGGAGAGCACACGAGAAGAAGUGGAGGACUUGAAGCUUGAUUUGGAGGAACAAAGGAUCCACAUCACACAGCUGACUUCCACAUUGGAACAGGAGCGCCAGGCCUCCUCUCAGCUCUGCCAGCAGGCUGAGAGGGAGAAGCUGAGCCUCCACAGACACCUCCAGGAGCUCCAGGUUCAGCUGGAAACAGCGCGAAGCCAGGCCCAGGAGAUGAGCUCUGCUUUGCAGCGAGAGAAGGAGCUGCGCGUGGGUGGAGUCUCCACCGUCGACGAUCAAGUAAAUGAAGAGGAGAACCUUUUGGAAAGGCUGCAGAAGGAUCUAGAUGACAAACAUGCACAGGUGGUGCAUCUCCUCAGCAAAGUGGAGGCUCACAAACUGGAGGGCGUGAGAAAACAAGAGGAGCUGACGGUGGUGGGCCACAAGUCCAAAGGAAACCAGCAGGCUUUGCUGGAGGCUCAGGUCCGUCUGGAGAAUCUGGAAGCGCAACUCUUGGGGACGCGGGAGCAGUUGGAGAGGGAGGUGGAGCGGAGGAGGACCCUGGAGGAGGAGAGGGACAGACUGGAGGGGAGCUUGGCUCCUAAAAGAGGCGUCCAGCAGCCUCCUCUCUCGGAGGUAACCGGUGGGGGACUCCAUCACGGUCCUUGGCGCACUGUGGACACCAUCCUGGGGAAACUCCACCUUGUGUCCUCGAAGUUACGCAACAUGGCGACCAAAGCAGCGGGAAGCUUGUCUGCUGAAGUCUCUGCUGAUGAGCUGUGCCUGCUCCAGUCCACUGUUAGUGAGGUCAUCACGACGCUCCAGCAAUCUCCAGGUCUUCCCUCCGUGCCUGAGAGCUCCGCCCUGCUGGCAGGAGCCUCCAGCAGCUCCUCCUUGACAGAGCGUCUCCUCAGGCAGAACGCCGAGCUGACGGGUUUCGUCAGCCGCCUGACCGAGGAGAAGAACGACCUAAGGAACCGCACGCUCCGAUUGGAGGAGGAGAUACGCUGCUAUCAGCACGCCGGCAAUACUUCCACCGGGAGGAGGGGAGUGUCCAACAUGGACUCUGCAGACAUGCUGCAUUUCGCACAGGAAAGGGAAGUUUGGACUGGAGAGAAGCUUCAGUUGGAGAAAGCUUUGCAUCAGGCCAACGCUCAAGUGGCCCGACUCAGGGGAGAGAUGAGGACUGACAUCCUGCGGGAGAUAAGCGGACCUCAGGCUGACAGCGCAGCUCUAAAGAGGAUGUAUGGCAAGUAUCUGAGGUCGGAAAGUUUCCGCAAGGCUCUCAUCUACCAGAAGAAGUACCUGCUCUUACUGCUGGGCGGCUUCCAGGACUGCGAGGAAGCUACACUCGCCCUCCUUGCAAGGAUGGGCGGCCGGCCCUCGCUGUCCAGCAUGGAGUCCUUCAGUCAGCGCAGGAGGGGGCUCAUGCGCUUCCGCUCAGCUGUGCGCGUCUCUAUCGCCCUCUCCAGAAUGCGUUUCCUGGUGAAGCGCUGGCACAAAGCGACCGGGAUGAGCAAUGCGGCUUCUAAAAAUGAGAGAGGACAGCUGAUUGGUUGUGAGGCCAGAGAUGCGCAGUAUCUCCAUCCUGGUGUGGACAUGUGCAGAGACAGGGCAGGAGUGUCCAGCAGAGGGCGCAGUAGUGGGCGUGAAUCCCCCAGAUCGACCAUGUCCUCCACACAGUACAGGAUUCACACGACCGGAGAUCCAGGAGGGCUCACCUGCUCCCACCUGCAGAGCUACGACCCCGACCGGGCGCUUACGGACUACAUCUCCAGACUUGAUGCUCUACAGAGAAGGCUGGGCAGCGGUACAUCAGGUGGUUCUUCUUCUUCUUCAUCAUAUGCUCCACUGCACUUCGGCUUGAGAAGAUAAGAAGAAGCUGAAAACUUGAAAAAAAAAGUUGCCUUUUCCUUCCUGCUGAAUUUUUUUCUAUCAUCCUGAUGCAUACUGGCGUCCUCACACACGGACCAAAACGUGUUUUUUUGUUGUGUUUUUUAAAGAAUUGUGCGACACGCUGCUGCGUUUAUAGUAUUUGUCGCCGCUACUUGAAUAAGAUGUUUCCCCCCCAUGGAUGAACUACAAUUGUGUACAUUUGUUUCAUGCUAAUUUAAAAAAAAAAAUCAGAUUAAUUUAUGUUUCUUUUUUUUGGAAUGUUUGGGUGUUUUUUGUUGUUGUUGCAAGAAGCCUUCUGAAUUCUUCUACUCUACACUUGCUUUGUUGAAAGGGCCUCAAGACAUUUGUAGACAAUGUAUUUUUCUAGACAAUUUUCUUGGUAUUUUGUCAAAAACUGAAAUAAAGGAAAGGAAUAUUUGAUGGUA